CGCGAGAAAAAAAAGAAGAAAAUUAACCUCCAAAACAAACACGCAAAGUCGUCCAUUUUUUCGUCACCCCCUAAAACAGUGGAAAAAGUGCCGAAAAGCUACGUUUUCAUUGGAAAAUCCAAACCAGCGCUGCAGAAAUGGUCGCUACCAAAACGACAAAGGGAAACGAAGCGCAGGAAAAGGAUGCGGACAGUGAUUUGAGCAAGCAAAACCCGAAAGCCGGAUUGGCGUCAUCAAGUGUGAAGGAAGCGUCAUCGGCUUCGGUGGAGGUAAAUAGUGGUGGAGAUGGCGAAGACAAGCUAGUGAUUGGAGCGGAAUACCUGGUACAGCGUCAGGAUGGCUCUUGGCAUCCGGCUCAGCUGAUUCAAAGCCGGCAAAAUCCUUGCGAUCCGAAACAGCAGGAGUAUUACAUCCAUUAUGAGGGAUUGAACCGGAGAUUGGACCAGUGGGUUAGUAGGGAUCGUAUUUCCAGUGCCGUUGCGGGAGGAGAUAAGAAAGCGACCGGACUUUGUGCUCCGCUAGCGCAGGAUUACAACGGGAAGAGUCCUUUGGUGACUAAUGCCGGGAAUGCAAAAGAUUCUCCCAAAGUGGGAAAACCCAGUACAGAAAUUGAUUUGGGAGAUGGAGAUCCGGACAGAAAGAUAACUCGGAAUCAGAAAAGGCGUCACGAUGAAAUUAAUCACGUCCAGAAGACCUACGCUGACAUGGAUCCGACUACGGCAGCCCUGGAGAAAGAACAUGAAGCCAUCACAAAAGUGAAGUACAUCGAUAAGCUGCGGUUUGGGAAGUUCGAAAUCGAUACCUGGUACUUCUCGCCAUACCCGGAAGAGUACGGGAAAGUGGGAACUCUGUACGUGUGUGAGUACUGCCUUAGAUAUAUGCGGUUGGCCAAAACGCUGCAGCAUCACAAAUUGACCUGCACUCGACGCCAACCUCCGGGUAACGAAAUUUAUCGUAAAGGAACGGUUUCUAUCUUUGAAAUUGAUGGAAAGGAUCAUCGCUUCUAUUGUCAGACCCUUUGCCUAAUGGCAAAACUGUUUCUAGAUCACAAAACUCUCUAUUACGAUGUCGAUCCGUUCUUUUUCUAUGUGCUCUGUGAGAUCGAUAAGGAUGGCCAACACAUUGUCGGGUACUUCUCCAAGGAGAAAGAAUCCCCCGAAGGCAACAACGUUGCUUGCAUUUUGAUUCUACCUCCCUAUCAACGCAAAGGAUAUGGAAAGCUGUUGAUUGCCUUCAGCUAUGAACUGUCGCGCCGCGAAGGAAUCGUUGGAAGUCCGGAGAAGCCACUCUCCGAUUUGGGCCGAUUGAGUUAUAGGAGCUUUUGGGCCUACACGCUGCUCGAGCUGAUGAAGGAUUACCGCACCACGACGAUUAAGGAGCUUAGUGAGCUUUCCGGGAUCACACAAGACGACAUCAUCUACACGCUGCAGUCGAUGAAGAUGGUCAAAUACUGGAAGGGACAGCACGUGAUUUGUGUUACGGGGAAAGCCGUACAAGAACAUCUACAGUUGCCACAGUUUAAGAAGCCCAAGCUAAUGGUAGACCCUGCCUAUUUGAAGUGGAUCCCUCAAAAACGAACCAUUCCUGUGAAGCAAGUGAAGAAGGCGUAAAAGUUCCAUUGAUCAAAAUCUACCAUAAGUAAGUAUGUUCCAUGUUCUAUUUUAUGUGUAUUUACGACUACCCAUCUCGGUACGCUACGUAUUGCUAGAAGCCUAGUUUAUCUUCGGACUAAGCCUUUCAUGAUCUGUAGAAUAUAUCUUCAAUUCAUUCAUGACGUAA